GCGCCGGGGACGGAGGCGGCGGGCGCUGGGCCCCCGGCGCGCCGAGCCCGACAUGAGGGCGCGCGCGCUGCUGCCGCCCGCGCUGCUGACCUGCUGGCUGCUCGCCCCGGUGAAUAGCAUUCACCCAGAAUGCCGAUUUCAUCUGGAAAUACAAGAGGAGGAAGCAAAAUGUGCAGAACUCCUGAGGUCUCAAGCGGAAAAGCACAGAGCCUGCGGCGGCGUCUGGGACAACCUCACGUGCUGGCGGCCGGCUGACGUGGGGGAGACGGUGACCGUGCCCUGCCCGAAGGUGUUCAGCAAUUUCUACAGCAAAGCAGGAAACAUAAGCAAAAACUGCACCAGUGAUGGAUGGUCAGCCAUGUUUCCAGACUUCGUGGACGCCUGUGGCUACAGCGACCCGGAGGACGAGAGCAAGGUCACGUUCUACGUCCUGGUGAAGGCCAUUUACACCCUGGGCUACAGUGUCUCUCUGAUGUCCCUCGCAACCGGAAGCAUAAUUCUUUGCGUCUUCAGGAAGCUGCGCUGCACCAGGAACUACAUCCACCUGAACCUGUUCCUGUCCUUCAUGCUGAGAGCUGUCUCCGUGCUGGUCAAGGACGACGUGCUCUUCUCCAGCUCCGGCACCCUGCACUGCCGGGACCAGCCGUCCUCCUGGGUCGGCUGCAAACUGAGCCUCGUCUUCUUCCAGUACUGCACCAUGGCCAACUUCUACUGGCUGCUGGCGGAGGGGCUGUACCUGCACACGCUGCUGGUGGCCAUGUUCUCCCCCGGCAGAUGCUUCCUGGCCUACCUCCUCCUCGGAUGGGGCAUCCCCACCGUCUGCGUGGCGGCGUGGGCCGUGGCCCGGCUCCAUCUGGAAGACACGGGUUGCUGGGAUACGAACGAGCACAGGGUUCCCUGGUGGGUUAUACGGAUACCGAUUCUAAUUUCCAUUAUCGUGAACUUUGUCCUUUUCAUCAGUAUUAUAAGAAUUUUACUGCAGAAGCUAACGUCCCCGGACGUCGGUGGCAACGACCAGUCGCAGUACAAGAGGCUGGCCAAGUCGACGCUCCUGCUCAUCCCGCUGUUCGGCAUCCACUACGUGGUGUUCGCCGUGUCCCCGGUCAGCGGCACCCGGUUCCAGAUCCUGUUCGAGCUGUGCCUCGGCUCCUUCCAGGUACGUGCGCGCAGCGGCGGCCCCGCGCGGGCCGCGCCGCCUCUGACGGCGCCUUCUCGCCCGCAGGGCCUGGUGGUGGCCGUGCUCUACUGCUUCCUGAACGGCGAGGUGCGGUGCGAGCUGAGGCGGAAGUGGCGCGGCCGCUGCCGGGCGCCGCCCGCGGGCCGGGAUUACCGGAUCUACAGCACGUCCGCCUCCCGCCACGGCUCGGAGGGCGCCCUGCGGCUCCCCCGGGGCUCCCGGGCCCAGUCCUUCCUGCAGACGGAGACCUCGGUCAUCUAGGCCCCGCGCGGACGCAGCCGGAGACGCAGGGUGCCCUGUGGCCGGACGUGUGUUUCUUGGUUUAAUCGGGCGGCCAUUCAUGAAUCCCACGUGUGGACCUGGGGUUGUGUGGAAACCGACUGGGUUUAAAUGCCAAUUAUGAUUAAACUCCAGCAUUUAGA